AUGGCAGAGAGCUCAGACAAAGUGCCCAUCGCCCUAGUGGGCCCAGAGGACGUGGAGCAGUGUCGCCCACCCGCGUACACAGCAGUGGCGGUGAGACCCUCCAGCCCCGGGCGGCUGCUCAAGGUCGGAGCUGUGGUCCUCAUCUCCGGAGCGGUGCUGCUGCUGUUUGGGGCUAUCGGCGCCUUUUACUUCUGGAAGGUGAAUGACAAACAUAUUUACAAUGUCCAUUAUACCAUGAGUAUUAAUGGAAAAAUACAGGAGGGAUCAAUGGAAAUAGAUGCUGGGAACAACUUAGAGACCUUUAAAAUAGGAAGCGGAGCAGAAGAAGCAAUUGAAGUUAAUGAUUUCCAGAAUGGGAUCACUGGAAUCCGUUUUGCUGGAGGAGAAAAAUGCUAUAUUAAAGUCCAAGUGAAAGCUCAUAUACCUCAGGUGGAUGCCAAGGCUAAACAGAGCAUCAGUUCAGAACUGGAAGGCAAGAUCAUGCCAGUUAAGUUUGAAGAAAAUUCUCUAAUCUGGGUCGCUGCAAACCAGCCUGUUAAGGAUAACAGCUUCUUGAGUCCUAAAAUCUUAGAACUGUGUGGAGACCUUCCUAUUUUCUGGCUUAAACCAACACAUCCAAAAGAAAAUCAAAGAGAACGAAGAGAAAUCUUAAGAAAAAUUCGUCAAGCUACCACAAGAAGGGCAAACAGUGGGCCACAGGGUAACCCAAGCUCUGGAAGACCAGUUAAUGAAACUAGGCCCGGUAUUCAGGAGGAUACAGAACCUUUCAAUCCAGAUAAUCCUUAUCAUGUGAAAGAAGGUGAGGGCAUGACAUUUGACCCCAGACUAGAUCAUGAAGGAAUCUGCUGUAUUGAAUGCAGGCGGAGUUACACUCACUGCCAAAGGAUCUGUGAACCUCUCGGUGGAUACUUUCCCUGGCCUUAUAACUACCAAGGUUGUCGCUCAGCUUGCAGAGUGGUCAUGCCCUGUAGCUGGUGGGUGGCCCGUAUCCUGGGGAUGGUGUAA